CUGUGACUCGUUAUUUUUAGUGUUUCGGGUAACCCGGAAGUUACAGUUUUAGGUUUGACGUCAUUUCCUGCAGAUUACCCCUUUGUUUCCAUCUGAAAAAUAAGGUUGAACUGGCAUUAUGUCUGAAGAAAUGAAAAGCCAGGAGUCAGAUAAUGACUCUGACUAUGACCAGUCUGAUCACAUGGAUGAUGACGAUGAUUAUUGCGGGUACUACGAUGAUCCAGAUGACCUGGACAAUGAUAAACCAAAAAAAACAGAUGACCCAGAGUACUUUGAGUAUGAGCUCCUACAGCUUGAAGAUGUAGAAAGAUUCCUGAAUGAAGAAGUUGAAGUAUUAUGUAGCUCACAAAAGAUAAAGCCAUCGCUAGCCAAAAUGCUGUUACAUGCUCACAACUGGAAGAAAGAAUUUGUUAUUGAAUGCCAUUCCAAAAAUCCUUCCAAACUGUUAGUGGAUUCCAAAAUCAUACCAAAAGUCAAACAUCAGCAGGCCAUUGUAGGCCCCACAGCUGUGUGUACCGUAUGUCUUAACCAGGUGGCCAGGGAAGAUAUGUAUGAUCUCUCCUGUGGGCACAUGUUCUGUGGGGAAUGCUGGGAUUACUUCUGCCAAGUCCAGAUUCAACAGGGAACCACUCUUGGUAUCCAGUGUAUGGCAAAUGAUUGUGAUGUGCUUGUCCCAGAAGAUUUCCUCUACAGCGUGCUUGGCAAGCCUGACCUGCGUGAAAAAUAUUCACGCUUCUCCUUCCUAGAAUAUGUCAAGAGCCAUCCUGCCCUGAGGUUUUGUCCCGGUCCAAACUGUCCUAUUGUUGUAAAAUCAAAGGAAAUCAAGUCGAAAAAAGUCAUGUGUACUACUUGUAACACAAUGUUUUGCUUUAAAUGUGGUAUAGAAUACCAUGCUCCGACAGAUUGUGAUGUGAUCAAAAAAUGGCUGACAAAAUGUGCAGAUGACUCGGAAACUGCAAACUAUAUUAGCGCAAACACAAAAGAUUGUCCAAAAUGCCAUGUUUGUAUUGAAAAGAAUGGAGGUUGUAAUCACAUGCAAUGUUCCAAGUGUAAAUACGACUUUUGCUGGAUGUGUCUCGGAGACUGGAAGGCUCAUGGAAGUGAAUACUACGAGUGCAGUAGAUAUAAGAUAUUAAAAUUCCACGAUGAGAACCCGAACAUUGCCAAUGAAUCUGUCCAUGCUCAAGCCAGGGAAGCCCUCAAAAAGUACCUCUUCUACUUUGAAAGGUGGGAAAAUCACGCAAAGAGUUUGAAGCUUGAGGAACAGACGUUACACAAGAUCACAUCACGGAUACAAGACAAGGUGAUGAACAGCACGGGAACAUGGAUCGAUUGGCAGUACCUCCUAGACGCUGCCAACCUACUUAAGAAGUGUCGCUACACAUUACAGUAUACAUACCCUUAUGCCUAUUACAUGGAGAAAUGUGCAAGGAAACAGUUGUUUGAGUACCAGCAAGCCCAGUUGGAGGCGGAGGUGGAGAAUCUCUCCUGGAAGGUGGAGAGGGCAGAAAUCACACACAGAGGGGAUCUGGAGAACCAAAUGGACAUAGCAGAAAAGAGGCGAUUGACCCUUCUGAAGGACUUUCUGGAUAUUUGAUUACCCUUUGUUGACAUUUGGUGACCACUGGAACAUCUUUCGUGAUCCUGGAUGCCUUUAGAUAACCCUUGGGAUAUCUGAUGACCUUGUUGACCUCUGGAUAACCUUUGGUGACCAUGGAUAUCUGACGACCCAAGAUGUCCUUGAUCGCCCCUAAAUAUCUGAUGACCCCUAGAUCACUUUUGGAGACUGACCCAUCAUGUCACAAAAACCUUGACCUCUGUCACUUACAGCAUUAUUGUGCGUUUAGACUUGGGCUGGACCCCGAUGAAAUAUGGCUGUGUUGAUACACAGUGUUAAUAAGAAAGUGGAUUACUUUGCAGUCCUAACUGUAAUUGAUGUGGUUUGUGAUAAAGAGAUAAAGAAAAGCUGGGCUAACAUCCAUUUAUACAAUAUAUUUGGUGUUUUUGUCCAUGAAUAUCCAAUUGUCUAAAAAGUAAAGUUGUUUUGAUUAUUGGAGGUUAAAAAUAAUCCUCUUUUUUUAUAGAAAAUCAACUGAUUUAGUCUGACUUUCCACUAUAAGAAACUAGAUUUGUCUGAAUUUAAAAGCUGUUAUACAACCUUAUACACUUCUAUUCAUUCACCUGAAGUAAUAUGUACUUUUGUAUCAAUAGACAAUAAUUCUUUCAAACUUGCAUUUCCAUGCAUAUUUCAUUUUAACAACUGUCAGAUUGAUGCAAUCGAGAUCCGGAUACAAGAUAAUAUAAACAAAAUGUUCUGUGUGACCUUCUCGAAGAAAAUCAGCAUUGCUGUGGAUGUAUUAUCUUAAGUUGAUAACAUGUAAAUGGAAAACAUAUAUGUAUAUAAUAGAGCGGACGGAUUGGCUCUGUACAGACACUGAAACAUAGUAUAACAUAUAGUCUCUGUUUAAAGCUGAACUCUAACAGAUAAACAGUUUUGACAAAUUUAUUUCAUUUUUUGUCAUGAAAUGAGCCAAUUUUUGCAUAAUUUUCCAGAAACCAGUGAAAUGAGACUGCUGACAAAAGAUCAGAAGGGAGUUGUACAUAAAUAUGCUCAGAAAUUGAUAUUCAUAUAUUAAAGCUUGAACAAAAAUAAAAUUUUAAGCAAUUUUCAAAACAAAUGAGAUCUGUUCUAUAGUGAGUUAUCUUAUUUUAAGACUAAAAUGAAGUUUGAUUCUGAUACAAAAAUAAUGACAAAAAUCAUAUCGAAACUGUUAAUCUGUUGGAGUGCAGCUUCAAAGUUACAUCCUUAAAUUUAACAACUGAAGUGUGUUCCCAAUUGCUGAAAAAAGUGAAAAGACCAAGUCUUAAACAAUAUAAGAUCAACAAUGACCCUGCUCAAUUUUUUGAGCCCCAAGCCUGUCAGAAUUGACAUACACAUAAUGAUUUGCAAUGCUGAUAAGCUCUUGCUGAAUUUCAGCCGGUGUCUGGUAUAAAUGUGUAGGACUGACAUCAUUGAAAUUAUCUUUUAUUUAUAAGGUUUAUAUUUACAUUGUUUGUUUUAGUUGUGCCUGUCUUUCAAUGAGUGAUACUAGUGAUAAAAUAUAUAGGAACAGUAGCUGCUUUUUCAUUAAUUGAUUAAUAUUGCAGCCAGUUAUCGAAAUAAGUUUGGAAUGAUCAAGCCCAACUUCUUACAAUUCAGUUUGGCAUCAAUUGAGUUUAACAUGUCUUGCUUUGUAGCUAUGAAAGUGUUAUAAAAAAUCGGUUAAAUUUCAAAUUUCACUAUUCAAAAUAGUUGUCAUUCAAAAACCUUAAUGUUUACCAUAACUUGAAAACAUUCUGAUAUUUACACGAGACUUUGUACACUUAUUCACUUUGACAAUAUCCACUUGCAUUGCAAGUUUCUUAAUUCAGGCUUAAUAUUUGUGAAGUUAAAUUCUGCUCGAUCAACUGCGAAAAAGCAUGAUAAAUGUUGGCGUUCGCUCCAUGGAUUAUUUUGAAAUUAUUGUGGGGGUCAAGUUUUCCAAAUCCAGUCAAUCAACUUAGAUCUGUGCAUCACUGUUCUAUGUCAAAUGUUCACGAUUUUCAGCUUUCUAUGAAGUCUGUGAUCAGAAUCAGUUAUAAUGAUGCAAAUUUUUGCUACUAAGAAGGUUUAUAUGGAUUGCUUGUAAAAUAACUUCAUUAUUAGCAUUUUGUAUUUGUGUCAUCCAAAAAAGUGCAUUUGACGUAUUCCUUUGUGUUUAGUAUUGGUAAUCACAUGAUUUACAUGAAGUUUCUUACUGUGUUAUUUGUCUAUGAGUAUUGAAAUUGUUAAUACAAUACAAUUGUAAAUGUUGCUUGCAUAUAGAGGAUAUGCAAAUUAUAGUUGAGGAAAAUCAUUCAAAGAACAUUUGUACAGUAUUUCAUCAUAAUGCUUCCCUGUGCUUGUGUUUGCCUGUUUGUUUUUCAGAAAAGAAAUGUCGAGGUAUUGUCAUAGCCUUCGUCAUUGUUGUGCAAAGUCUUUGACCUUGGCCAAUACUGUGUCAUUCAUAUGGAACUUGGUACACGUGUUGUCAGAGGAAUAUGCACAUGAAAAGCAGGACCCAUAACUCUGGCUUGGAUAACUAUAGAGUUAUGUCCUUUGUACAACUGCGCGAGGAAAAAACAGAAGAGUGUUGGCUUUCACUCCACAGGACACUUGUUUAUUGUCUGCUUGUGCAGUCAUUGUUGUGUAUGUUUAAGUAUUGUCACUUAAUGAACCUUUUGUAAAUAUGCCAUUAUUUAUUUGAUUUCUUGUUAUGUUUGUGAUACCGGUAUCUGUAUAGCCUAAUUGUGUACACACUAUAAAUGAUUUGGUACUCACCUUUCGAAAGUUCUUAAAUCAUGCUUGAAUCAACUGUUAAGAUAGCUUGUAUGAAUUCCUUUGGUCUGUAACAUGAAAUUUGUUAAGAUUACAAUUCCUUUUUGAAUAAAAAUAUUUGAAAGUGCAAUUGAACGAGGUAAUUUUACAUUAGCGCCAGCUGCUUGCUAUGUCACUUAUAGGAAUCCCUUGGCAUUUGUUUAAACCCUUAUGCUGGAACACAUCUGGCAAAAUUCUCUGGUGUAUAUUUAUAUAACAGAACAAUGAUUGAAAAGUCUUUAAUUUUACACUAUUGUGAUCCUUAAAAGUAAACAGAUAAUAAUUGAUUUUGUUUUUGAACUAAUUUAUAUGUUAUAAUAGCAAUUUUAUUAUUUUCUGCUCACAUUGUUUAAAAAGCCAUAAUUGUGCAAAAACAACAUUUUUUUACUGUGACAAGUAGAAAUUGGGCUUAAAUUUAUUUUCAAAGUAGACAAUUUUGAGUUUCAUAUUCUACAUAAAAGAAUGUAAAUAACUUUAGAAAUAUAUCCGUGAACUACUGAAAAAAUAUUCAAAAUUUGCCCUUUGAAAUUUCUCAAAUAAUAGGAUUUAUGGAGUUGACAAACUUGAAAAUGACAUUUUAUUAAGUAUUAUUGACCUUAAGAAAACAUUGGUUUUAAAUCAUUAUUUUGAUAAUUAUUUAUUUUUAGCUCAACUGAACAUAAAGUGAUAUAUUGAUAGGGUGAUUGUCGGUUUGUCAUUAAGAUUUUCCUUCAAAACACUUCUCCUCCUUAACCACUGGGGUUUAAAUUUCGCCAGAAUGUGCCUUAGGUGGUCCUCUAAAAGAUUCCUUAAUAAAAGUGGUUCCAUGCAGAACUCUGGUUGCCAUGGCAACCAAAAGGAAAAACUUUGAAUUUCAGUUUCUCAGGAACCAAUGUAAUUCCACUAAUUUGCACCUUAGGUUACCCUGUAAUAUAUUCCCUCACCCAAGUUGAUAUGUAAAAGAAAAAGGUUCCAAAGGGGUCGGGGCUACGUUUCACUUUAUAAAGAAAACUUCUCCUCAGAAUCCACUGGACCGAUUUAAAAUAAUUUCACAGAAUUGUUCCUUAGGUGACCAUGUAUCAAAUUCUUUCACCCCUUUGUGAUUCAUAAAAAAAAACUUUCCAUAAUGUGCGGGGCUGCUUUUCAUUAUUUGUUUAUAUGGAAAACUUCUCUUAUGAGCUUUUGGCCUGAUUUCAAAAUAUUUUCACUGAUAUGUUCGCUUUGUGACCCUUUUCUCAUAAUUACUAAAAACAAAAAUUAUAUAUUUUUUAUAUUUUUUUGUAUUUUAUAAUUUUUACUUUGUUUUACAAUCAAUGAAGAUUUCAACUUCAAACUUCAUGAACUUAUUCACAGUAACAAUGUGCUCUUCAGUGACAAGUUUUAUAACUCCAACUUAUAUGUUGUAUGUGUUAUGGCCCUUUAUUACAUUUUAAACAAAUAAGCUUUUAUAAGUCUAUUUAAAAAAAUGGGACAUACAUGUAUUAUAGUUUCACCUGCAGCAUACAUGGGGAAGACAUCCAGUAUGUUGUCCAAUCAAUAACUUUAGAACCCUCUUGUUUUAAUCAAUCAGUCUGAACUCUACACAACUUUUUGACAUUAAAACAUGGAAAAGGGAAUGACAAAUAUUUACUUGGUGUUUUUUAUUCAUAAUUAUUACUAUUAUGUGUAGUUCCUCUUAAAGUUCGAUUCUGAUGUCAAAGUGUACACUUAAUCACUUUGCUUCAUGUGAUAGCCUUAUAACAGCAUAAAACACUAAUACAAUGAUCAAGCAGGAAAAUCAUAGCUAUAAUUCUUUUUUUAGUUUUGUAUGUUGUGCAUGUCUUUAAAUAUUAAUGUCUUUAAAAGCAUGUCUUGUCUUUGCUAAAUGUUAGCUUUAUGUGUAGUGGUGUGAUAAUUUUCUUAUGAGAUAACAUAAAAACAACACAUUGUUUAUUUAUAAUAUUAAUGUUUAAUAAAAUGAAAAUCAACCGAA